CUAUCAUCACAAACGUUCUUCCACCCAAUCAAAUUCCACUCUUUAUUCCUAAGCUCAAACAAAAAAGGUUUGCCUUUUCUUUCUUUCUCCAUUCUUAGCUACCUCUCCCCAAAUCAGCUUAAUUAACCUUAAUUAGGGUUUUUGAGAUCUGACGGUGUAUUCGGCAGAAAAAACCCUAGAAAUCUUAGUGGUGAGAAAUGGGAAGGGGAAAGAUUGUGAUCGAAAGAAUCGAUAACUCUACCAGCAGACAAGUUACGUUCUCCAAGAGGAGGAGCGGGCUGUUGAAGAAGGCCAGGGAGCUCGCCAUUUUAUGCGAUGCAGAAGUUGGAGUCAUCAUUUUUUCCAGCACCGGAAAACUUUACGAAUUUUCAAGUACCAGCAUGAAAUCAAUUAUCGACCGAUACACUAAAGCCAAAGAAGCACACCAUCAGCUGCUUAAUCCCGGGUCCGAGAUCAAGUUUUGGCAAAGGGAGGCUGCAACUCUAAGGCAACAGUUACAGGAUUUGCAAGAAAAUCAUCGGAAACUGAUGGGGGAAGAACUUUAUGGGUUGAACGUCAAAGACCUGCAACGAUUAGAAAAUCAGCUGGAAAUGAGUCUGCGAGGCGUUCGUAUGAAGAAGGAACAGAUACUAACUGCUGAGAUUCAAGAACUGACCAGAAAGGGAAAUCUCAUCCAUCAACAGAACGUUGAGCUCUAUAAGAAGGUAAAAUACAUCGAACAAGAAAAUAUGGAAUUGAAUCGAAAGGCUUACGGCGCAAAGGACCAUAUCGCAGCAAACACAACCGGCUUUCUUCCGUUUGGUUUCACGAUUAGCACACAGCUGCAAUCACCGAUCCAGCUUCAACUGAGCCCGCCUGCAGUCCAAGAUAUGGAGACACAAACGAGAGCGAACAAAUCAAGGUAACGUCGCAUUGGAUGUCAGCUUGUAUACAACUAAGGAUGUGGGCACAGCUAAUACCAGGAGAGAUUGAGCAGCGCAGAGGGAUUUCUACAGUUGUUUGGAGUUGAACUGCAUUUGGAGGAUUUCUAUACAUAGUUGCUUGGAUUUCAACUGCUUUUGAAUGCAAAUAUCAUAUGUUUCA